UGCAAAUAAGCUGGAGCUGGAGCUGGAGCUGGAGCUUCCCUCAGAAAAACCGCUGGUUGGAGGUGGUCAACAGAAAUCUCAACAAAACAUGAACAAGGCAAGUUCUUGCUGAGACUCACCCAAAGAAAAUCCCAGAGGAGAAUGCUGAGCACUCAUUUCAGGAUGAAGCUGCAAGAGCAGAGAAGUAUUUGUACCACAAAUGAAUACCGUCCAUUGACCAACAGAGGCAGAAGGAUUCUCGCAACUACUGCAGCCCCCAGGAUGAGAAUCUGGCUCCUCCCGAGGUCGCUUCCUCUCCUGAUGCUGUUCUCCGCCCUGCAGACACCCACCGGGUGUUCUGAGGUUGCAGUUAACGUUGACUUUGACUUGACACCAGAUUCCUUUGAUGAUCAGUACCAAGGCUGCAGCCCACAAGUCAUGGAGAAGCUAAGUCAAGGGGAUUAUUUCACAAAAGAACUAGAAGCACAUGGAAAUUACCACAGGGUCUGGGCGAAUGCCCACUUAACCUGGCUGAACAGAGGAAAAGAUCUCCCCAAGAACAUGAAUAUUACACAUGCUGUGGCCAUCUUGGUUUAUACAUCAAACAAUAGUGUCCGCGCAGACUUCACUAAAGCCAUGGUCAGUGCUGGGAGGUCUCCGCAGCCGUAUAAACAGUCAUUCCGUUUCAAAUACCUGCACUACUACCUGACCUCAGCAAUCCAGCUGCUAAGGAAACAAAUGGUCAUGAAGAAUGACUCUCUGUGUUUUGAGGUGCAUCACGAGAUGAAGCAUAUCUAUUUGGAAGCCUACAGAGGUGCCACCAUCCGAUUUGGCCAAUUCCUCUCCACCUCCCUCCUGAAAGAAGACACACAGGAGUUUGGGAACCAAACUCUAUUUACCAUAUUCACCUGCCUGGGUGCACCUGUACAAGAAGUCUCUCUCAAGAAGGAGGUCCUGGUCCCUCCCUAUGAGUUGUUCAAGGUUGUAAAUGUGAGCUACCACCCGCGAGGAAAUUGGUUGCUGUUGCGGUCAGCUGGGAACGUGAGCACAUAUAACUGUCAGCUGCUAAAAGGUUCCAGCAAAAAGUACAACCCUGCUCCUGUGGUUAUUGCUUCUCUCUCCUUUUUGACCAGUGUUGUCAUCUCUUCCAAAAGUGGAGUAUAAAGGAACCUUGUGGUUUUGCUUUCUCUGUGUCCUUUUGCUUGAUGCCAGUCAGAGGCAAGCUGAAUACCCUCGGGGAAUCACUCUGCCCAGUUAUCAACUGAUGCAGCGCUUGGCUCAGCCCGCUGCCUGUGAGAGGACCUAGAACGCAGUAUAUUUCUUCUCCAUGGACACAGAGAUUCAUCCUGGAAUAGAAAAGGACCCAAUCAGAGCUGGUGAGAUACAGUCAUGGUAAUGUUUUGGAAUUGGGAUUGGGAAUGGGGUGUGGGAGCCUUUUUAUUGAGUGGAGAUUGAUGAAAGCAGAACGAGUAUGAGCCUACAGCUGCUAGCAGCUCUCUUGCCACCAGUAGGGGAGACUCUAUCUCCUUGAGAAUGGAGUGAACACAAUGAAGGAGGAACUGGAAAAUGAAAAGAAACCGUUCUGAUGAGAGAAUAUGAGCCCCUAGAUCCAACUAUGCCUGAAACUGGAAUCCUGGGCUUUUUAAAAAUUACAUAAAUCAGUAAAUUGUAUAUUUGCAUAAAUAAUUUGAAUUAAAUUUCCUGUCUCAAGCAAUCAAAGGAGUUAUGAAUGCUUCUUUUUUUUAUUUAGCAAUCCUAAAUAGGAACAAAUCGAGAAGCUUGAGUUCGAAAGCACAGAAAAAAAAUCUUCAUCAAAUGGAAAAGCUUUGAACCCCAGAGAAAUAAUUAAAAGUGUAAAUUUUCUUCAGAGAUUUUUAUCAGCAUUCAAGACCAAACCAGUGUAGACUCAGAUAGGAGGAAAUACGAAAACUUGAGAAAUAAAAGGGAAAGUUAAUAAAAGAUGUUAGUGAAAUCUCAUUCACUGGCAGUAAUGGGGCGCCACACAUGUUUCUAAAAUAUUACAAAAGUUAGAAUUUAAAUUCACAUGUUAGUUUACAGAGGGACUUUAUGGCAAAUUAGAUUGUAAGUCGUCAUCAAAAGUUUAGGUACAUUUAUUAGGAAAGCAUGCAGAUGUGUGUGGAUAUAAAGGAGAAGAUAUGAGAGGGAAAAAAAUCUGAUAACCAAGCAAAUAUCAAAGAUAUAUCGAGUACUUACUAUGUGACAGUAAUUAAAUAAAAGGAAGUAUAAAUCACCAAACUUCAUAGCUGGGGAUUUUCUCCAACUCCCUUCAGUUGUAUACAAUAUAAAUGGGACAAUGGGAGUUGCCCUGAUUUCCAAAGAUCCGGAUAUUGGGCUAAACGGAGUGAAAUUAUGAAAGUCCAUGCUACUUAGCCCCUCUGAGAUUUGGGUAAGAAACAAUGAAAGUGAAAUCAGCUCAUUUGACCCCAUUAGGACUUUCUAAAGGGACAGUGCCAUGAGAGAAGAGACUCAGUGGGGAAUUAGCUGCAUAUAAUCCCCCGGUUGAGAAUUCAGGCAUCUAGUAUAUCAUUCUUCACACGGAAUUUUGAGAACAGGGCCAAGCUCACCUCUGUCACCUAGCUUACAUUGGCCUCUAUGCCUAAUAAGGCAAGCAUAAAUUUUCCAUGUUUUCAUGGACACAGUUUUCAUGAUUUAUUGCCCAGGAACAUUGGCAGGUUAGCAGCUACUGAAUAGAGUCUCAUCGGCCUGGCUCUGCGAACAAGCUUUGUUGUGAGCUUUAGCGAAGCAGUAGAAAAGCCUCCCAACAUCUUGUGAAUAUUUUUUUUUCUGUGCCAUAUAAAUGCACUUACUGAGCCAUACUAUGUACAAAACACCUUGGGGAUUAAAAGUUGAAUAGUGUAAGCCAGAUCUUCCAUAGUUUACAAUCUCUUGGGAGAAAUGAAGAAAAGAACACAAGUCACAGAGGAAAUACCAAAAGAAAGGGGAAUAUCAAGCCUGCUGUUCACGAGAGCUCAGAAGAACUUCUGAGGCAAGAGAAGAAGCCAGGAGGGCUUCAGGGAGGAGGCAGCAUUUGCGCGAGGUCUUGGGACCCUGGGGUGGGAGCAAGGGGUGAGAGGAAGAAGUCAGCGUAGGUGUGUGUCAAGCGCUUAGUGCUGAAAUGCAUGCAAAUAAUAAGCGCUUCGAGUUUAGAGAAAAGCGAGAUCCCUCUGCUAUGAUCCCUCUCAAAGCUGGAUACAGCUUUCUACUGGAAAUGAGGCUCAAGGGAGGGCUUCAGAUGGAAAAAGGAGAGCUGAGUAGAAAAGAGACAGGGGAUAUAGGAAUGAUCAGUGUACACAAGGGUCAGGAAAUAGAUCUGGCAGAGAGAAGCUGUAAUGUGGACUAAAGAAGAAAGAGCCACCCAAUCAAGCUAAAAGGACAGCCUAACGCAUUGGAUCUCCAUGAGAAAUCAGUCUUCUGAGUAAGACAUGCUCGAUAGGUGAUCUUAACGCAUGCUCCCAGCACCUGGAGCACCAAUGUCCCUUAAGAACACGUUAGAAAUGUGAACUCUAGGGCCUGAUCCCAAAUCUAUAAAAUCAGAAACCCAGAACCUGUGUUAAGAAGCCCUUCAGGCUUGUGACUUAUGCGAUUAUGAUCCGUAAAGGAAUAACCAGGUUUUUGAAAAGAUAACUUAAUUCUUCCUCCUGUUGCUGCUUUAUAGAACAAAUCUCCAGAGAUAGAAGUUAUUCUCUUGAACUGUGUAGAUUUGUGGGCUAAGGAUGAAUGUGCAUACUUUGCAUUCCCUCAGUCUCUCCCUAGAGUCCUAAGUUUUUGUGCAAAAAAUCACGUGGAUCAUUAAAAGAGUUGGCACUAUAAAGUUGCAGAGUAUUUAUCUCCUAUAGUAAUUGUUAUUAAUGCUUCUCUCUUUUUUGUGUACACAAAAAAAAUACUUUGGCUUCAUUUAUUGUUUUAUUUGUAUCUUUACGAUCCAGUGUUCUACUAUGCCUAUCUGAUUGUCCCGAGGUCCCCUAUUUGCUCUGACUUCAAAAAAUAAUAAAUCCAGUGAAAGAAAA